AUUUUUAUUUGACUUUCACUGUUGCACGCAUAUCUUGUUGCACGCAUAUCUACUGUGUUGCCUCCCUCCCUCCCUAAUUGUUGCUGGUAUCAGCAACCAGAAACAAUCGAUUUCUUCGGCCAUGGCUUCUUCCAACGGAGCGACCGAUCAGGUCCUGGUGGAAGCAAAAUCAUCUGUGAGAAUUUUCACGCUGAACAGGCCUAAACAGCUGAAUGCACUCUCAAGCACCAUGGUUUCACAGUUGUUGGAGCUUUUUCUUGCGUGUGCUAAAGAUUCUUCUGUAAAAUUAAUAAUCUUAAAGGGAAGUGGAAGAGCAUUUUGUGCUGGAGGUGAUGUUGCUAAAGUUGUUCAGGAUAUUAAGCAAGGCAACUGGAAGGGAGGAGCGGACUUUUUCAGAGAGGAGUAUACAAUGAAUUAUGUGAUUGCCACAUACAGUAAACCACAGGUUUCUAUUCUUAAUGGAAUUGUCAUGGGUGGAGGAGCAGGUGUGUCCAUACAUGGUAGAUUCCGUGUUGCUACGGAGAGAUCGCUUUUUGCUAUGCCGGAAACAGCAUUGGGACUUUUCCCAGAUGUAGGCGCUUCCUACUUUUUGUCAAGACUCCAUGGCUUCUUUGGGGAAUAUGCUGGUCUCGUUGGCGCAAGGUUGGAUGGUGCUGAGAUGCUUGCUUGCGGUCUGGCAACCCAUUAUGUUCCAUCAGAGAGAUUGCCAUUGUUGGAAAAAGCACUUGUUGAAGCAGAUUCGAGUGAUCCAGCUGUUAUCUCUUCUAUUAUUGAUAAGUUCUCACAGACACCACUUUUGAAAAAGAAUAGUGCUUAUCACAGGUUGAGCAUAAUCAAUAAAUGCUUUUCAAGAAGAACGGUAGAAGAUAUUAUAGCUGCCCUUGAGAGUGAGGCUGCUGCCAACAAAAACGAUGAGUGGAUCUCUUCCACAAUUCAGUCACUUAAAAAGUCCUCUCCAACAAGCCUCAAAAUUUCUCUUAGAUCGAUUAGGGAAGGAAGACUCCAGGGCAUCGGUAAAUGCCUUGUCCGGGAAUACAGAAUGGUUUGUCAUGUGAUGCUUGGGGAAGUUAGCAAUGAUUUUGUCGAGGGUUGCCGCGCUAUACUGUUGGACAAGGACAAAAAUCCAAAGUGGGAGCCCUCCAAGUUAGAGUGUAUAAGUAGCGAAAUGGUCGACCGGUACUUCUCCAGAGUACACGACGACAAUGACUGGGAAGAUUUAAAGCUCCCGAUGAGUCCAAAUCUCCCAGCAUACGCCCUCUCUAAAAUUUAAUUAUAUGCAUUAUCUAUCUCUAGCUUGCUGCAUUGUGUUAAGUAAGUUCUCAUGGCAUAGUAAAUAAUAAGGUUUCCAUAAAAUACAUUUAUGGAAAAUGUGAACUGAAAGAAUAUACUUUGAUUAUAUAUUACAACUUUUAAACAA